CAAAGAAAAAGGCAUUACUGCCAUGUCAGUCAAAGACGUCCUCCAGAGUUUAGUUGAUGAUGGGAUGGUUGACUGUGAGAGGAUUGGAACGUCGAAUUACUACUGGGCUUUUCCUAGUAAAGCUCUUCACACGAGGAAACGCAAGGUGGAGGUUCUGGAAUCUCAGUUGUCUGAGGGAAACCAGAAGUAUGCAAACCUACAGAAAAAUAUUGAGAAAGCUAAAAUUGGCCGACAUGAGACGGAAGAACGAGCCAGGAUAGCAAAAGAGCUUUCUUCACUGCGGGAAGAAAGGGACCAGCUAAAAGCAGAAGUGGAGAAAUACAAGGAAUGUGACCCACAAGUUGUGGAAGAAAUACGUCAAGCAAAUAAAAUAGCCAAAGAAGCUGCUAACAGAUGGACUGAUAACAUAUUUGCAAUAAAAUCUUGGGCCAAAAGAAAAUUUGGAUUGGAAGAAAAUAAAAUUGAUAAAAAUUUUGGAAUCCCGGAAGACUUUGACUACAUAGACUGAAAUCCUUGCUGCUGGGGAAGCCCUGUGAGCUGUGAAUAUGUAAAUAUUUGAUGGUUCCAACCGCGUGUACGGAAUUGCCACUUGCCUGUCACUGCUUACCGCUUUUUGGAUUUUAAAUAAAGUACAAC